AUGGCAUCAUCGGAAGAAAAAAACAAAUUGACAGUAUUCGAUAAAGAUCAUAUUAAUCAAAAUCGAUCUAAGAAGAAAAAUAUACAAAUUCGACUCAAUGAUAUAAAUGAUAUUGAUAAAUAUGUAUCAAAUCUUACAUCAGAAAAGAUUAAUGAUAUCAUUAAAACAUUUGUACAAGUGGUGUAUGGUGUUCUAAAUGUAAAAAAUAUCGAAACAAAAUUGACAGCUAUUUCAAAGGAUUGUCCACCAUUAAGGUAUAAACACUUAAUAUAUGAAUUAUAUUAUAAUGAUGAGAAUUUAUUAAAAAAAUAUUUCUUCAUGUUUUUAUCAAUUUUGAUAAACAAACAUUACAAUUUUAUUGAAGCAAAUUCUGAUUUAAAUAAUAUUAAUUUAUGUCAUCUAUUACGUUUAAUAGAAAAAAAAAAUAUCUUUGGCAAAUUCGAACUAAUCAAUGAUGAUCAUUUAGAUUUAUCAUUUUUUUUUGCACUUAUUGGUACAUUCUUAAUUAAAAUUAUUUCACAUAGAAAAAUAACAACUGAAGACUUAUGCUUGAUGUCAAGUAUAUUACAAGAUGAUAUUAUUAGUAAGAAUAUAUCCAAUUGGAAAGUACUAAAACAUUUUAUUCAAUUAUUUCGUACUAUUUUACAUAUUGAAUUUGUUACAAAUAUUUACUUUGAAUUAAUCAAUGAUGAAAUACAAUCAACAAAUAUACUUGAUGCUGAUCGUUUUAAAGAAUUGAUUGAUGAUGCAAAAGAUUUGAAGGACAAUUCAAUUAUGUUUGGAGCAUUAUUAGUGAUCAUGUUACAUGAAUUUUUUCAUGUUUUACGUCGUACGAUUAUAGAACAUGCAUUCAAUCCUUUUUAUGAACGAACACCACCUCGUAAAAUUGCAUCACGUAACAAUAUAGAAAUGGCUGAAGGUGGUACUCAACUGGAAGACUGUUUAUUUGGUAUUGUAAUCGAUAGUAUUGGUUAUUUAGAUGCAAAUUUUUUAUUGAAUUCUGAAAAUUGGAUUAAUCAUAAUCAUGAAGAAUUUAAAGAAAAAUUUAAUAGUGCAAGAACGCAUGAUUUACAAGAAAAUAAAAAACAUAAUCGAUGGAUUAUACCAAGUAACUCUCGUACAAUUAAUGAUGAUAUGGAACAGAAUGCUCCAACAACAACAACAACAACAACACCAACAACAUCUUCAGAACGAUGGGCAAUACCUCAAUGUGCAUUGUCAGCACCGUUCUUUCGCAUUGACAAAUAG